AUGGCAGCUGCUGCUUGUGCUGCGCCGGCAACUGCUCUUUCCGACGCUUCUGCAUCAUCUGCUCAGGCAGCAGCAGCAGCAACAACACCCCCAGUUGUUGCUGGCACCAAAAACGCUGGUGCAGAGGCUGCUGUCGCUGCCUCUGCGGUGUCUCCCCAGACACUGUCGCAUGCACCAGCACCUGCUGCUGCAGCAACAACGCCUGCCAGGAUGCAGGCUGCUGCUGCUGUUGCUGAUGAGGAUUGGAUGAGCAGCGAUGCGCACCGUGGGGAUGCUUUGUCGUGGCUUGCUGUCAGUUUACAACCUGCAACAAGGGAAGCAAGCCAAACAGGAGCAACAGCAGCAGCAACAGCAGCAGCAGCAACAGCAGCAGCAUCUGUCUCAAAGAGCUGCAUACCAUUACCUAAUACUGGCACGGCUGCUGCUGCUUUUGCUGCUUUUGUAGGUAUUUUCAGUGCUCUGGCAGCUACUGUUUCAAUUGUCUUUUUAGUGCUCUUGCAGCUGAUGCUACUGGUGUCAUCAAGUACAACUGUUUCUCUUGCUGUUGUUUUCAGUUUUCUCGCAGCUAGUGUUUCUGUUGGUGGUUGUGCAGCAGAGGCAGCAGAAGCAGCAGCAGCAGAGGCAGCAGCAGCAGAUCGUGCCCGAGCGAGAAACUCAGCUGCAGGUGUGGCAGACGCCAAAGCAGAUGCAGUGGCACCAGCAGCGAAAAUAGACGCAACAGAUGCUGCAGACGCGGAGGAGGAAGAGAAGGCGAGCGCCAUACAGGUGGCUGCAGCAGCGCCUUGCAUUCAGAAGCCGCAGCAGGUAAAAGACUUGCAACACCCCACAAAGAGGACAUGGAGCCCAAUUUCAGUGUGCUUUCUGCAGUCUGGGAAGCGCCUUAAGCAAACAGUUCCCAAGGUGCAUGCAGCCAGUCCUUGA